CAUCUGUGGAAAAGAAAAAAGAGGAAAAAUGAAGUAUGCAUUCUUAAUAUUUUUCAUGAAUUUAUUACCACAUUAUGCUGGGAAGUCUUUGAGAAGAGAUCACAGUUAUCCAAAAACAUUUGAAGACAUUAAAAAUGAGAUAGCUGGCUAUACUGAUGUUGCCAAAGCUAUUAUUGAUCUUGCUGUUCAUGGAAAAGCUCAGAACAGAUCCUAUGAAAGAUUAGCAGUGUUUGCUGAUACUACAGGACCUAGACUCAGCGGUUCAAAAAACCUAGAUGCAGCCAUCAAGUACAUGUUCAGUGCCCUGCAGAAAGAUGGUCUGGAAAAUGUGCGUCUGGAACCUGUGAAAGUACCACACUGGGAAAGAGGAGAAGAGUUUGCAACGAUGCUCCAACCAAGGAAUCACAGCAUUGCUAUUUUGGGACUUGGGAGCAGUGUUGCAACUCCUCCAGAAGGAAUUACGGCAGAAGUCAUAGUGGUAGCUUCCUUUGAUGAACUGCACAGAAGAGCUCAGGAGGCCAAGGGGAAGAUUGUUGUCUACAACGAACCUUUCAUCAGUUACGGUGAAACCGUGCGAUACAGGUCGCAGGGAGCAGUGGAAGCUGCUAAAGUCGGAGCAGUGGCAUCGCUCAUUAGAUCCAUUGCUUCUUUUUCUAUUCAUAGCCCACAUACUGGGUGGCAGAAUUACCAGUCUGAUGUGCCACGGAUUCCCACUGCUUGCAUCUCUGUGGAAGAUGCUGAAAUGAUGGCCCGAAUGUCUUCCCGGGGCGCUAAGAUCGUUGUGCACCUGAAGAUGGGGGCUAAGACCUUUUCAGACUCCCCUUCCUUUAACACUGUGGCAGAGAUAGUUGGAAGCAAGUACCCAGAGCAG